AACAUUGAUAGGGGCUCGCAGAAGGGAGAAGAAAUACACUGGCUGUCGAGAAAGUGUAGUGUGGUUCAACACCAUUCGGCCCCCAAAUGACAGAUAUCUACUCUUCCAACCAUCUAAUCUUUGUUCAAACUUUCUGAUAAUAGGAUCCCAAGUAGAAAUGGCAUUCACUUUAGCUCUAAGAGGGAAACCGAGGUACUUCGAAGGCUCGCUACUCCAGUUGCACCCGAAAAUGGCUGCAAAGUACUCCGAAAUCGCGACAUCCCCAACUGUAAUCAUUACUAAUUUCUCAAGAUUUAUUAUGAGGCCGGUAAUUGCAUGAAAACACACCAAAGUUGCAAGAAUAUUCAGCACUUGAUAUUUGGUAAUACUAUUUUUCACCGCUUUUAAGGCUAUCCAUCACAGAUUUUUACAGAUUCUUUUGAAUGGUAUUAUUCACCAAUAUUGGAGGCUAUGCAUCACAAAUUCUGACCGGUUUUUGAGAAUACUAUUUUUCAUCGAUUUUGAAGUCUAUCCAUCAUAGAUUUUGGUCAUUUUUUGGGAAUGCUAUUUUCACCGAUUUUGAAGGCUAUCCCUCACACCGUUUUUUGGGAAUGCUAUUUUUCACCGAUUUUGAAGGCUAUCCAUCACAGAUUUUUGCAGAUUAUUGGGAAUGUUAUUUUUCGCCGAUUUUGAAGGCUAUCCAUCACAGAUUUAGGCCAAUUCUUUUGAAUGGUCCUAUUCACCAAUAUUGAAGGUUGUGCAUCACAUAUUCGGACUAAUUUGAGGGAAUAGUAUUUUUCAUUGCUUUUGAAGCUUAUCCAUCACAGAUUCUGGCCGAUUAUUUAGAAUGCUAUUUUUCAUUGAUUUUUAAAGCUAUCUAUCACAGAUUAAACGGUUUUUGGGAAUGCUGUUUUCACCGAUUUUGAAGGCUAUCCAUCAUAGAAUCUUUUUGUUUUUCGGAAUGCUAUUUUUCAUCAAUUUUGAGGCCUAUCCAUUAUAGAUUAUGUCUGAUUUUCAGAAUGCUUUUUUCACCUAUUUCGAAGGCUUAUUUAUCACAAAUUGUGGUCGAUUCAUCUUAAUAGUUCGUGCUCGCCUCGUUAAUAUAUUUCCAAGCUCUCGUGUUCGCCACGAGCUUUAAUAUGCAAGCUCGAGCUCGGCUCAUUUAUAAAAAUGAAAGCUCGAGCUCGGCUUGUUAAAUAAGGUUAACGAGCCCAAAAUCGAGUUAAACUCAUAAAAUGUUCAUAAUAACUCAAAAUUGACAUAAAACUGAGCACAAAAUUACAUUCAAACCUGUAGAAAUGUCUAGCAAAAUAAAAUACAAUAUUUAUCCCAAUUUCAAUACAUAAAAUCCAUGAAUUCUAAUCCUUUCUUAUGCCAAAAUGUUAAAUGAGCUUGUUCGCCAGCUUUCGAGCUGAACAUGGUAUGGCUCGAGUUCGACUCGUUUAGUUAACGAGCUUGUUCGCGAGCUGGCUUGAUUAAGACGAAUCGAGUUUCGAACGAGAUUUUGUUGAGUCGGACGCCGAGCCGCUAACAGCCCUAUUCAUCACAGAGUCCAGCUGAUUUUUGGGAAUACUUUUUGCCACCAAUUGUGAAGCCUAUCCCUGACAGAUUCUUACCGAGUUUUUGGAAAUGCUAUUUUUCACCGAUUUUGAAGGCUACCAUCACUGAUUAUGUCUGAUUUUUGAAAAUGCUAUUUUCGCCGAUUUUGAAGGAUACACAUCACAGAUUUUGGUCAAUUAUUUUGAAUGUUAGUAUUUAUCAAUUUUAAAAUCUAUCCAUUACAGAUUUUGACCAAUUUUUUAGAAUGCUAUUAUUCACGGAUUUUAGAGGCUAUUCAUAAAGGAUUUUGGAAAAGAAAAUUUUGAAUGUUAAGCAAUAGCGGCUUCUUCUCAGUCUGGAGCUCAUGAAGCCGUUCCUUUGUUCUUGGACUGAAGUUCCCACUUCACAUAGCCGAGCUCUGUCCUUGCUAGGAUAUGCCAGUCGAUAUCCAUGGAUCUCUGGCCCAACGAAUUGGAAUGAACCUUUAAUGCUACGCCGUUAAGUCAACUUGGGCCGUUCAUGAUUCCAGCGAGUCCAGCCAGAAUUCACCCAGGCCCAUCCCACUGGGCCCGUUCGACUGCGUCGUCCCUUUCCCGCGCCUGCUUAGCGGGAACGAUUCAACGUGGGGAAUCACUCAACGAAUCCGCUCAACAGUAAAAAAUUUCUGCAUCCUCGUUGAAUUUUGUUAGAGCAUCUCUAUCGGCUCUAUUUUCCCAAUUUCAUUAUGACGUGGAUGGAGGUUUGCAAUGUCAAACUUAUUUUCAUUGAUGUGGGAAGUGGUGUAACUGAUGCAAGCUUUCAUAUUAUGAAAGUCCAUUUGCAAUGCCAACGUGGAGGAAUGGUGGGUCAGAUAUGGUUUUUUAUGUCAUUUAAAUAAAUUCAAAUAUAUUUUGAAUGGAUUAUAUUUUUAUAUGCAAUUGCAAAUGAAUUGCAUUGAUGUAGGUGCAAUGAAAUAAAAAUGAGUUGGAUUUCAUAAAAUUAAAAAAAUCAUAAAAACAUCAUAUGCAAUUGAAUUUGCAAUUGCAUUGAUGGAGAUGCUCUUACCCUUUCUUUUUCAGCUAUACCAUCCGUCACCUGUCGCGUUUCUCCGGUCAAAAACUCCAAAAAAAAAAAAAAUAAAUAAAAAAUACAUAAACAGACUGAGACGGCACUCGACAGUUGCUGGCCGUUGCCAAAUCCCACUCAGGUGGGCGGCGUAAGUAAGCACAAAAUUAACUGGUAACUGCAUUUUGAUUAUCGAUCGAAUUUUCACCGUGCACUUUGGAUUAACUAGCACAAUAAUCGCUAUCUUUAUCGAUGCUUCGUUAGCUCUUAUGGGAUAUGCGAAUGUACUUAUUGGUACAUAUUCCAUUAAAAUGAAACAAAAAUGAGCAAACUAACCGUUACUUUAAUUACUCUAAUCUUCAGCGAAUAAUGUAGAUGAAUUACGAAAUUUCAUGACCAUUCAUGUAAUUAAACCAUCAUAAGAUUAAAUUAGUGCCAAACGAAUCCAUCUCUGCACGGAAGCUAACUAGGCUAAUUCCACGCUGCUUGCCGAUCCAACGGUCAAAACCAUUCCACCAAAUCACCCACUUAAAUAAACUUUUGUCAAACUCCCAACUUAAUUAAAAGAAGAACCGAUAGAACGACAAAAUGGUUUUUUGUCUUUGAUGCUCCUCUGCCCAAGUCCCCCCUGCAUCUUUCUCCUCUCUAAGCCGCCAUGAUUCGAGAAAUCCACAGCAGCCAGAGCCCUUUCCUCUCCUCCGCCAUCAUCUUCCUCACAACAAUCCACCUCCUCGUUUCCUCCACCACAUCUCAACAGCAGCCGACUUUCAACACCGCCGGCUGUCAAGACAAUUCCAAUUCCACCACACCACCCGCCUACACAUCAAACCUCGCCGCCCUCCUCAACACCCUGCCCCGCAAGGCCUCCACCGCCACCUUCUCCAACGACUCCGCGGCGGACGGCGGGGUAUUCUCCCUCUACCUCUGCCGCGGAGACGUCUCCCUGACCACCUGCGCGGCCUGCGUAACGCAGGCCGCGCAGGUGGUCCAGCGACGCUGCCCUGCUCACAGGGCGGCGAUCGUCUGGUACGACCAGUGCAUGUUGCGGUACUCCAACGUCAGCUUCGCCGGCCGGGCUGAAGUUCAGUACAGAUUGCUGAUGUGGAACACCCAGAACAACACGUCGCCAGGGGAGACGGACAACGGGGCGCUGUCGCUGAUCUACGGGCUCAUCGAUUACGUCCCGUACACCGGGCUGAUGUACGGGACGAAUGAAUCGGAGAGUCGGGGACAGCCGAGGUACGCGAUGGCGCAGUGUACGAGGGAUUUGAGCAGCGGUGCCUGCUUGUCGUGCCUGGAGGAGUUGAAUGAUGCUAGUGAUCGGUGCUGUCGGGGAAGGAUCGGGUGGCGGAUUCUGACUCCUAGUUGUAGUUUGAGGUAUGAGCAGAGUUUGUUCUAUGAGAUACCGCCACCGCCGCCGCAGUCGCCGCCUGGUGGUGAGGACGAUGGUGCAGGUGGAGGUGGAGGAAACAACACAGGCAAAAUUGCUGGAAUCGUUGGCGCCAUAGUCGUUGUAACAGUAGCAGUGAUGGGGAUCUGGUACUGUUCAUGCUUCCGCAGGAAGAAGGGAAGGUCUGCUGGAGGAGAAACCAGCCAAGAAAUACUGCUACCGGAUUACGAUGGCUCCAAUCACAAUGCCGCAAUUGGAAUCGAAGUUCCAGGCCAUGAGAACGACAGGGAAGUCCACUGUUACAGUCUGGCUACUGUUCUGGCAGCCACAAACAACUUCUCCAAUGGCAAUAAGCUUGGACAGGGAGGCUUUGGCCCUGUUUACAAGGGGAAGCUGCAAGACGGGCAAGAAAUAGCGGUGAAGAGGCUUUCCUUGACAUCCAAGCAAGGUCUGGAAGAGUUCAGGAACGAGGUGAUGGUGAUUGUCAAGCUUCAGCACAGGAAUCUGGUGAGGCUGUUGGGUUAUUGCUUGGAGAGAGGGGAGAAGCUGCUUGUCUAUGAGUAUUUGGCCAAUACCAGCCUUGACGCCUUCCUUUUCGAUCCGAAGAAAAGCAAGGAGCUCGACUGGGAGAAGAGAGCAAACAUAGUAGAAGGCACAGCCAGGGGACUCAUGUACCUCCACGAGGACUCUCGUCUUAAGAUCAUCCAUAGAGAUAUGAAAGCGAGCAAUGUGCUUCUGGACGACCAGAUGAACCCCAAGAUCUCGGAUUUCGGGACUGCCAGGAUAUUCGGAGGCAAUCAGAUCGAGGCCAACACUGAGCGAGUUGUUGGAACAUAUGGGUACAUGGCUCCUGAGUACGCUCUAGAGGGAGUGAUUUCGACGAAAUCGGAUGUCUACAGCUUCGGAAUCUUGAUGCUGGAAAUCAUAAGUGGAAAGAAGAACAGAGGAUCGUUCGACCCGAGUCAGGCCUCUAGCCUUCUUUUGCAGGCAUGGGAGCUAUGGAGUGAAGGCAGAGGAGAAGAGUUGAUAGACUCGAACAUAGCUAAGAACUGCCCGGCGAGAUGGAUCCAUAUUGCAUUGUUGUGCACGCAGGACGAUCCGGCCGAACGGCCGACCAUGUCCGCGGUGGUCCGAAUGCUCGGAAGCAAAUCGGAUGACGAGCUUCCACGGCAGUUGAAACGUCCGUUCACCGCCGGCGGGUUCACCCACGUUUCCGAUCUAUCUUCCAGUACCUCCGGUACCGGCACCGGGUUCCUGACGUCGGAUCAAUCCACCGGUACUAGCUAGCGGCGUUUCUCGGUACAAGUCUCGUUUUUUUAGGUACAUAAAUUGGUCUUGGUCUGUAUAAGAAAAAAUGGUUGAGUUAGGAUUGUAAUUUUGACAUCUCCGGCUGAGUUACUUGUUUGUCUAACCUAUUUCAUUCUCAAUUUAUUCUAUAGAGGUCGUUCAUUUAACAUUCAUGUCGGUUAAAUAUGAAACUUUUUUAUAAUAAAUUAUUAAUGAAACA